UCACAUUGUCUUUGAGCAUACAUAGAAUGAAAGCACCGUCAUAAAGUAACAGUAUGCGGUCCGGCGAGGAUGAAGAGCGGCCUGGCGCAGCUUGUCGAAGAGAAAUACAGGUUCACUGUUGAGACUCAGGGACUAGCAUACACAAAUGUAAAGGAAGUUGCGACCGCAAAAGAUGAGGACAGGGCCUGGACGGACGAUGACAGCGACCGCGAGGAGGAACGGAAGAGGCGAAGUCCUCCUCUGGCCCAGAGGAUGGCGAAUGGGCUUACCAAGGUGCUCCAGGAGGGCGGCAGCGGGGGCUUGACGGAUGACGUCCUCGACCGGGUACUUACCGGGUCGCUCCAGCAAUCAAGCGACGUCGCUGGGUAUGAUGCGGCCAAGGACUACGUGAAGCAGGUGCUCCGGCAACUGUAUGGUGACGAUGCUCCGAGCGGAGCACCGCCUAGUCGAUCCAAUGGGCCUAACGGACCCCAUGGGGGUGCACAGACUUCAGCGGAAGCAGCGGGGCGCCCUCAUGGCGUCACAGGGCAAACGCAGCCGACGUCCAGGGCUUCUGGAGGCGGCUCCGAAGCGGCCACUUGGUCUGGUUUUCCUGCUGCUCGGCAGCAGGCGCCUCCCCAAGGACAGCCAGGCGUGGACGUGGCAAAAGGGGCUCAUGAGCUGCAGGGAUUACCCGAGUCUGCUGCUGCUGGAGUGGAUUCCUUUGAGGCAACUAGGAGCGCCCCAAGCGCAUCAGCCGGCGAUGCAGAGGAGCCCGAGCGCCCACGGCCCCGACCGCAUUAUGGCCACAUCAAAGAGCAGCUCAACCUCUUACAGAACGCUGACCAGCUGGCAGCCAUCAUAUCCGUCGCCACCACGGCCGCCACAACCGCCGCCGCCGCUGCCGUCAAGCAGUCCAUGCAAACUCCGCCACCGCUGCCACCUGGCGCCUUCGCACGCAUGCAUGCAGCAGCACAGGCCGCGCGCGGUGCCAGCGGCGCAGCUGCGUGGCCUGGGCAUCCGGCAUUCAUGGGCGCGGGCGCAGCGAUGUUAGGUAUGCCCGGACUCGGAGGUCACCUGGUCAACGCUGUGGAUGGCGAUGACAGCCCCGAUCCACAGCCGCAGCAGCGUGAGGGUGCUCUGGUGGCCCCUCAUCGACGGUCCACGCCGCUUGUCAUGAUGCACCGCAGGCCGCCGGCAGCAGCUGAAGGGGGCGGAGCAGCAAUGCACGCUGCACAUGAUGGGGCCGAGCGUCACGGUCCCACCCAGCAGGACGGCCAGGCGGCUCACGUCAACGAUGCGGAGCUGCGGCGACAGCGCCAACAGCAACGUAGCGGGAUGCCGGGGGCUGCCACCCCACUCCAGCGGCUGCCCGGAGCUGCAGGCAACGGCGAUGCUAACGGGGCCAACGGCGCUGGGGGGCCGGUUGGAGCCAACAGCAACAUUCGUGUGGUGCGUCUUGGUGCGCCCAAGGUCACUGUUAGGACGCCGCCACCUGCAGGGGCACCGCAGGGAAGGCUUUUCCAGGAGCAUCAACACCAGCAGCAGCAGCCGCAAGCAGAUGAUCCUGAGGAUGACGAUGACCGGGGUAAUCGCGGACAGCUGCAAUUUCCAGGCUGGGCAUCCUUACAUGAACACAUGGAGCAGCCGGUGACGCGGCCUGAGCAACCGAAUCCGGUCCAGCAGCACGCGCCGGCGCACUAUGCACCCGACAGCGCGGCUGGGAUGCCACCGGCUGCUGGCCAGCAACUCCAGGACCAACAGUACGGCAGACACGCAGAGGCAGCUUACCCCGGUAGCAAUCCCGUUGUCCCGGGUCCCCAACUCGGCCUGCAGCAGGCCAUCAACCCGUCGCUGCUGCCGGGGCAGCAGGCCAUUGCUGCGGGUCAGGUACCCGCAAACGGUGUGUUUGUUACGGGCGGCGAGUCGGUGUUCGCUCGGGCCGGAGCAGAUGCCAAUGCUGCUCUUCGUAAUGCUGGUUUCCUCGGCAAUCCGGGAGCGGGGCUCGCGGCGGCCGCGGCGGCACGGCCGCGGCGGGCUGAGCUCCCUGAAGACGUGCAGCAGGCCUUCAAGAGCACGCUGGCCUACAUCGCCGAUCCAGAUGGAGCCCGCGCGCAGCAGCAGCACCAACCGCCGUCCUGGGCAGCAAUGGCUGAUGUGGAGGAGCGGAAGGAGGCCCAAAGGGAGGCAGAGGAGCUGCUAGGAGGUGCUUUCGACUACGCAGCAGCCAAGCGUGAGCUGAAGCAGGCGAAGAGGGCAUCUCGGCUGCUCCAGGUGCCAGUCCCCACCGUCCCACCUGCUGCUGCUGCAACCGCUGCGGCAGCGACCGCCCAAGCUGCACCAGCGGGUGCAGUACGGUCUGGGGUCGGCAGCCGUGGUGGCGGUGAGCGCUUCCGUGCGUCAGCUGCUGCCGCCGCUGCUGCUGGCGGCGCCGUAGGUGGUGCUGCAUCAGCCAAAGCACCGCCUUCGUCGGGAGCUACCGCGGGCGCUGUGGUCCGGGGGGAUUUCGCUGGCGUGCUGCCGCCGGCUCACUCGGUUUGGGAUGUGGACGAGGCCUGGCAUGACCUGGAUGCGUUCACAAAGGCAGUGGAGGCAGAGGUGGCGUACCGGGCUGCAGCGGCUGCGGCAGGCCAGCCCCCGCGCACGGCUCCCGCUCUCAAGCCGGUGGGGCCCAACGCAGGGGCUGUUGCAGCGGCGGGGCGGGCAGCCCAGGCGGAACCGCCGCUUGUGUCGGAGAGCGCAGGUCCGAGGGGACACGAGAAGCGCACAGCUGGGGCCCAGGUGUCAGCCCAGCCCCGGCUUUCCGACGGCAAAGACGUAGCAGCCCGUGACGGUGGCCGGAAGCGUGCAGGAAGCCCCGGACCCGGACCCAGACCAGAAGCCACUGCAGUAGCGGAUGCAUCUCCCUCACCACCGCGUCCCGAACGGCCGUCAGCUCAGCCUGCAGCGGCCUCUGUGCGCAUUGCCUUUGGGCGACGCAUCGAAGUCGCUCCGAAACCCAGCGGAGCAACUGAGGGAACCAAGUCACGAAGCAAAGGCGCGGCAGCUGCUAGCAGCCCACCUGUAGAAGGCCACCUGCAUAAGCGUAAGACCAAAGUCGCGGGCGGCAAAGCCAGCGCGGCUGUUGCAGCAGCUGCUGGUAGCCCCUCCAGCGCUAAUGACACGGUUCAGGAGGUGCUUAGCGCGCUUGCUUCGGUGCUGCUGUCAGACGAAGAAGAGGACGUGGAUGAGGAGGGGCCCCAUGCUGAUACGGGUGCUGAGAAGGAGCACAGGGCGGCUGUAGGCGGGGUUCAAGGGGCCGGCAACGGCGUUGCGGCGAUGGCUCCACCGCAUGUGGAUAUGGCGGAUUACCCACCUGACGCACCCAGCUUUGCUAACGGUGGCGGCAUGCGAUCAGCCGCCAGCCUUAUCCUGGACUCGCUACAUGAUCGAGGCCAGGGCGGGCCUGGUACCGACGCACUUGCCGCGCUUCCGGCACCAGCGCUGCGCUCUGUGGCACCGAACGGACCUCCUGGCGCGAUUCCAGACGAACCGCAGCCUGCGUCGAUUGCAAGUUUGCCUGCAGGGCCUUCAGCAAGCAGUCACCAAGCAGCCAUGUCUGCCGCUGCUGCUGCCAACGCCGUCGCUGCGCCCCAGCCAGGCCAGCAACCAUGGCCGUCCAUUGCCGUACCUGCCGCCCGACCGCGCUUCCAACUGGUGGUCGACACGGCGCAUCCUCCCGUGGCUCGCUUGCCUGCUUGGGCCGCCUCCGCCGCCAAGGCCGAGGGCGCACCCGCUGCGUACAUUGCAGCCCUUGGUGCUGCGCCCAGUGGCCUAGGCAUGGGCACCCCAACAAGGCAUGCAGCGGUACCGAGCGCCUCGGCUGCGGCCCAGCCGCAUGUAUCCGUGGGCGGUACAGCACCUCCUGGGGCGAUGAUGACAUCAAGGGGUGAACAAGGCAGCGAUGGCGGGGUCUUGCCGGCGACCAAGCUGCCCUACACCAGGAUGCAACAGCAGCAGCGGCCGAUGUUUCCGGCUUCUGCGGAUCUUGCCAACCACACGAGCAUCUUGCCGCCACAGGCUGCGGUGGCCGCGGUGGCUGCGACUGGGUCUGCCGACAUGAUGCCGACACGUGGCAGGAAGGCGGCGGAUGCUAGCCUGCCGUUAGAGCGCGCAUUAAUGCAGGCAGUCGAAGACGAGGUAGUCAGCCGGCUGGCGGUGGCGCAGCUCGCCUCGCAAGGCCCCCGCGUUGCGGUUACUGCUGAGGACCUGCCGGGCAUGGUACCGCCCCUGGUGGACUGGGAGCUGUCGCAGCGGCUGGUUCGUGAAGUCCUGCUGGACAACCUCCGCGGCCUGCUGUCCAGGCAGGAACCCUCCCGACAACAAGACGCGGCAGUUGGUCCCGGCGCGGAGGAGCGUGAGCCCACGCUGGAGGAGGUGGUUGCGGCGCUGGUAGCAGCGCCCGUGUUGCCCUCGUGGUUGCAGAGCGUGCCGCAGGAGCAGCAGCAGCUGCUGCUGCAGCAGGGAGCUGGGGAGCCCGCGGAGCAACAGGGCUGGCGGCAGGGUCCGCAGCAGCAGCCAUCAGAUGGUGCUGCAGGUGUGGAGGUCACUGCAGGAUCGGACAAGGACGCUGAUGGCGGCGGUCUUGCAGGGAAUGUUGCGCAAGAUGAGCCGCCUGCCGGUGUGGCGUUUGUGGACAGCAACUUGACGGGUUGCGCGGCGGACUCUGGCAGUCACGAGGCGGAGGUUGCCGGUAUGGCCGGCGCCGGUGCCGCCUCGGAUGAUGCGGCGCCGUCUGAAGACCUCCUUGUGGCUGCCGCGGAGGCUUCAUUCUCCUCCUUGGUUCCCACCCCUACCGCUGCUGCUCAGGCAGCCCCACAGUACUCCGCGGGCAGCAUGCAAACAUCCAGUACCGGCUCUGUCGUACAAACCGGGGCUUCUGUUGUGGCUGGCGCGCAAGGGAGCCAGUCACAAGCCCUGGCAUUGGCCGGGCAGUCCUCUGGACAGGUCCGUGUUCCAACGUCGGCGGGCGUGCAGGCGCACGGCGUGCAAGCUCGUGGUGUGCAGGCGCAUGCGGUUAACUCGCAGGGGGUGCAAGCGUACGCCACGGAGGGGCGCGGCGUGCAGGCGUAUGCUGUGGAGGGCCGUGCGACGCAAGCUACGGGUGUGCAGGAGCGGGCCACUCAGGCAGCUGGAGUCAUGGAUAGCUCCUCUCAGGCGGACCCCCCGCCUCCGCACUACCUGCUACAGGCCGCCAUGGCUGCAGGUUUGUCCUAUGGAGCUGGGCUGCCGCUGCCGCCUGCGCCGCUCGGCCAUGCACCCGCGCCUCCUCCGCUGCCAUUACAUGGUCCGGACGGUGCGCCAUUGCCCAUGCCGCGACCGUACUACUUGGUCCCAGCCGACGGAACCCAACCGCCGUCUUCAACCGCUUUGUACGGCGCCAACCCUGCUCUCAUGCUGCCGCCUUUCGGGCGGUCCGAAGGCAGUCGUCCGCCUCUUCAUCUUCCCGGCCUGGCCAAGCUGCGUGAUUCCUCCGAUGUGGAAUCCAGUACGGAAAGUGUGCGGCGCCACUUACAGGGUCCGGGUGCUCGAGCCAGGGAAGCGGCCCUCCAGCUCGCCGCCAGCAGCAUUGACAGCGAUGAAGGCCUCAUGCAACGCAGCUACGCCCAACUCGACAUGUCGGCGCUAACCGCACGCCCCGUGCAUCUGGACCAGCACCGCAAUCGGGCGUCUGAUGGCUCUUCGCCCUCCGCUGCUUCGCAGACCCUCUCAACCGCGCUGGGCGGCCCUGGGCACUACGACGUCCUAUCGCAACCGGCUGGUCUGCACCGCACCUUCAGUCAAGCCCUAGCCCCAGGCACUGCCAUGGUUGCCGGGACCUCACACAACGGAAGCAUCCGCUCCGAGCCGCAGGUGCCCGGUUCGGCAACAGCAGCGGCUUUGGCCUCUGCGCUGGCUGCCCGUGGGAACGCGGUUCUUGGGUCAGGUCGCAAUCCCUCCUCUGCAUCGGCUGCUCCCAGCGGCCCGUCUUCGCACCCGGGCAGCGUUGCAGGAAGCGAGGGGGCAUCCUGGUCCCGUCAAGCGGCAACCUGGUCAGCUGACGCUGCAUGGAAUGAACAGGAAGCAGCUGGCCCCGAUGCCGCCACGCCGGGCACAGGCCUGCAGAAGGGCGCCGCAACGCCAGCCGCCGCUUCUAAGCCGCCUUCAGACAGGCAUGACAGCGCCUCCGCAGGUAGCAACGCGACCACCAGCAGGAACGGCUCCGCUGCUGCCUCCGGUAAGGACGCCAUCGCCACACCACAUCCAAGCGCUCCAGCGCUCGGCUUGCGUGCCGGCAGUGGGACGGCCGUGCCCACCACACCAGCAGUGGGUGAUGACGAACUCGUCGCUGAGGACGAUCCUGAAGACGAUGACGAUGUGGACCAGAUCCAUGUCGUGGAUUUUGGCUCAUCAGACGCGGAUCUUGACUUGGUUCCUGACGACAGCCCGGGAGCCAGUCCGGGAGCUGAGGCCGGACGGGGAGAAGGAGGAGCCCAGGGGUUCCCCUCAAGUUCAGGUUUGGGUUUCGGGGCUCAGAAUGCAGCAACACAUGACGCUGCGGAAUCGGAUGCGGAGCUGCUAGAUGACGAUGAGGUGGGACGUGUGCUGGAGGCUGAGGAUGCCGAGGACGAGCAUGAUGCGGCGGGUGAGAUUGCCGCUGGUGCCGGCGGCAGUCGCGGCAGCACGGCUGGGAGCGGUCGCUACAGCGGCCCAAGCUCACACGGCGUGCCGCGGCUAGAUGCGACAGGAAGCGCUGACGGGGAGGCUCAUGACUACGACGGUUUGGUUGAGGACUACGUGUCUAGCCGUGACUUGGGCUCUUUCGUCAGCUCAGCGCGUCUGGGCGGCGGCAGCGGUGCUGGUGGCGGUGGUAGCCAUGGCGAUGCUGGCCACAACGCAGCUAGCGGCUCAGAGCGUGGAGGGGUCCAAGGCAGCGCUGCUAGUGGCGCUGCGACAACAACCUCCGCAGCCACCCUUGGCGGCAAUGCCGCCAGCAGCCGCAGCAGCAGUAGAGCCCCGUCCAGCGCGUUCGGCCAGCCCGGUCAUGCACUCGCGCCUUCCCUCCACAGCGCUGGCGGCGGUGCGGGGUCGGCGGCGUCCGGUGCUGGGGGCAGUGCCUCUGAGGCCAGCGGGCGGAGAGACGACGGCAAUGCAGCGGAGGAGAUGGAUCUGCGGGCCUCCCUGGAGCGCAUGGCACGUGCCGGUUUUGCAUCCCUGGAACACCCACGUGCUGCGGCAGGCAGCGGCAACGGCGGCAUGGCACGUGUGGUGCCGGCAGUGCAAACAACGCUGACUGGGGGCCCGUUGGCCCCCUCGCGAGCUGCGUUGACACCGCUGCAGCCGUCUGCGGUGCAGUCUGGAUCUGUAGCGAGUGGGGAAGGCACGAUGCAGCAGCCUGGAUCUCCUGGCAAGCCGCCGUCUCUGGCAGACUACCACGGACCCAUGGGUCGCCUCUGGCGGCCGCCUGUCGUACAAAAUCCCCGAGACCCGUUAUCCAGCAGCUCCGAAACCUUGAUGGCCUCCAGCGAGGCCAGCGAGCCGCUUCUGGACCCCUUGUCGCGUGCAAUCCGCGGCGGAGAGCGCCGUACCCGGACCGCGGGUAUUGUUAGCAGCGUCACCGUGGCAGCAGCGAGAGCGCACGUCAUGGGUCUGGGCAACUCAAUUGCGGCAUCAUCCGUCGACGUUUCAGCCAGCAUGGACAGCGUCUCCACGUCCGUGGUGUCGUCAUCCUACAACGUUGCUGGUGUGAAUCUGCCACGGUCGCUGGGCGGCCUGGCUGCCUCCACUGCGGGCACGCAGCCUGGAGGGCGCACUGCACAACGCCUUGCACGGCCCUUUGACGGUCCCGGAGAGGAUGCGGGCACGGAGGAUGAGUCCGAGGACGAGUCUGAAGAUGAGGGCCGUGCAUUGAGCCGUGAGGCAACGUUUGCAAGAUCCGCCGUGACAGCGACAACGGGUGCGGCCUUCACUGGCGGACGUGGAAGCGGCCGGCGUGAAGACGCUGUGUUUAGGCUGCGCCAGUUCGGAGCGCGCAGGCGCAAGCUGAUACAGCAGAUUGGUGUUAAGGACUCGCUGCUGAUGUCGAGUGCCACCAGCCUCUCAACGGACAGCUCCACGAGUGUGACCAGCGAGGAUGGGGACGGGCUGGGCAGUCUCGUCAGGGCAGGACGCUUCUAAUGGUCCUCCUAACCGGCAUACUGCAAGGUUACACGCCGUUAUGAGGCUUGCGUGUGCGUACAUGUUAAGUGGCAUGUGGCUGUCCUCUGUAGCGACUUUUGCGGAGAUAAGUUGGGCCCGUUUGGCGUCACCAGGGCGACGAGCAAGAGGACGAUGUGUUUUACAUUUCAUUGCAUUUCGGAAAUGCCAGAAGCCCCCCAUUUAUGCUCGCGACGACCCGAUCAAUGAUGAUGACUCGGAUGUAACAGCAGUUAUAGGCUACACAUACUUCCCGAGGAACUUUGGUAUUUAUACGCAGCGUGUGUUCUGUAACGACCACCAUUAAAACACGGCCAAGGUAUUAUUACUACGCUGCAAGCACUGGUACAUAAGAUAAAUACGGCCCCAAUGUACCGGUGAAGGCUCGCAGAAUGGCCGCCACAAGAGACAUGUGAGGAUAGAUACGACCCACGGUUCACAGUUUUAGCAGUCGAC